AUUUUUAGCUGUAUCACGCCGCCCAAUCUAAACUUUUGGACAAUACAACCUUGACGGACGAGUGAUGCCAAGCAAGAAACAUCCGAGAUUGAAGUUUAAAUGUCCACUUCAGAUUAAAUGUCGCCAUUGUGCUCAUUCCGAAAAUGUCACUAGUGCUAUAGAUACUUUUAAUAGUCCAUUUGAUGAAACAGGUGUUUCUACUAACUUAGGCCCUGUGGCUUUGGAUUGUGAAAUGGUCGGUGUCGGUAUUAAAAAGCGUAAUGCUCUGGGACGUGUCAGUAUUGUUGAUUAUGAAGGAGAACUUUUGUAUGAUGUUAUAGUAAAUCCUGAAGAAGAGAUAACUGAUUAUCGAACACCAUGGAGUGGAAUUAGACAAGAAGAUAUGUCUCGUGCAAUUCAAUAUUCUUGUGCUCGAGAACAUGUUAAAAGUAUCAUACAAAAUCGUAUUCUUGUGGGGCACACGUUGCACCAAGAUCUUCAUGUCCUGAAGUUAGAACAUCCUUCACAUUUAGUGCGUGAUAUUGCAGCAGUUCAAUAUCCAAAAUCACUUGCUGGUUUCUUGGUGAAAAAUGCCAUUGGACUGAGAGCUCUCACUCUUAGACUCUUCGGUGUAAAUAUUCAAGAUGGUGAGCAUUGUUCAAUUGAAGAUGCUUGUGCAUCUAUGGCUAUUUAUCGAUUAGUUGAAAAAGUUUGGGAACGUGAUCUAGUCAAAAGUUUGAAGAAAACCAAUAGACUUCAGAGUGGAACACACUCACAUACUGACAGUAUCAUCGAGUCAACUGAAGCUACAUAACAGUUGCAUUGUUGUCUUUUGUCAGUUUCUAGUGGAAAUCGUUAUGAAUACGCCACUGACUAGUAAGUCGCCGUUGACUUCGUCGUCCUCGUCCUCCUCCCAUCUGCAUUUUUAUGAACU